ACUUUGCCGCCUGGAUGCCUUUUCAACCCACCUGAGGAUACCCGCAAACCAUGGUCAUAACUUUUUAAAGAUCAGGUCUUGUAGAUUUGGCCUGUAGGUACUUACCUGCCUAGGUACCUAAGGUGCCAUGGGUAAUUUCAGUGCCUAUCGGUAAGUGGCCCAUGUAGUAAGUAAAGAACUCCCUUACCUAUAUCAUUCUCGAGAAGCUAGGUAUAUUAAUACAAAAUUCCUUCGCCCAUCAAUUAAGCUGUUUAUCUAGACAGGUUUCUUCCUUGAUCUGAAUCUUUGAGGUACUAUUCCAACUCACAAUUCGUUCCCAAUGACGCACAACCAGCUUCGUGUAGCUAUCAUCGGUGGAGGGCUGGCUGGAGCUGCAUUGGCGAACGCCCUUGUUCGCGUGUCUCGAGUAGAUGUUCAUGUCUUUGAAUCAGCGACUGAAUUCUCGGAACGUGGCGCGGCCGUGGGACUGGCCAAGAAUGCUCAGCUAGCCUUAGCUCAAAUCGUUCCUUCAGCAUCGGUCCUGCUCAAGAAGGCGGGAGCCGUGCCUAUGAACUCCUCCCGAAUUAUCUUGGGCUCAGGGCCAGAGGCCGGAAAUAUCGUCUUCGACCUUGCCGCGGAUGAUCCCGGCAUGAAUGUUCACCGAGCUUCUCUCCUCCGUGAGCUCCUCGCUCCAUUACCAAUAGAGGCUCUCCACCCCAAUAAAAAGCUUAUCACUAUCAAUGCGAACGGAUCCGGCGUUGGAAUAACUUUCCAGGACGGCACAGUCUUCCAAUUCGAUGCAGUGAUUGGCGCAGAUGGUAUAUUUAGCACAGUUCGGGAGCAUGUUCUUCAGAGUGUCGCCGCUACUGAACAGUCCUCUCCAUUACCAGCCGGGUUCUGGGAUUGUAGGAACGUUGUACCAUUUGAGAAAGCAAAAGCGACUCUUGGCGAGAAGUAUUUUGACGUUGAUCGACAGUACGGCUGGGUCGGUGAUGGUGCUUUCAUCAUGCAUGACGUCCUAGAAAACAGAACCAUGGUCCAGUGUGUGGUAUCAAGCAUUGAGAAAGAUUCCUCAACGAGCCGAGACAGGAAGCGCCCUCUCACACGGGAGAUAUUGACAGAAACAUUGGGUAGCUGGAUGGGCGGCCCUAUUGCCGAUGGCAUGAUUAGUCUCAUUUGUGAUCAACCAGAUCCUUGCGGAUACUCCCAAUGGGAACACAAGUCGACCCCAACUUACGCCAACGAGCGGGUUUGCUUAGUAGGCGACGCUGCCCACGCGACCACGCCAUGGCAAGGUUCCGGGGCGGGGUUAGCCAUUGAGGACGCCAUGAUUCUCGGAACUCUCUUCGCCAACAUCUCAUCAUCAGAGGAGAUUAGCUCUGCGUUCAAAGCAUAUGAUCUGCUCAGGCGCCCUCGGUGCCAGCAAGUCAUCGACUCGAGCCGAGAGACGGGUCAAAUACUUUGCGGGCAGGUAGAUCUACAUGCUAACGAGUUGAGGGGGUUGCUCGCACCGAAAUGGAACUUCAUUUUUGGGUUGGACAUGGAAUUGCAUAAGCGUGAAGCACUAGAUGAGUUGCGAAAAAUACAGGAAGCCGAUUAG